GUGGCUCAAGAUAGAUACUAGACAGACAUAUAUAUUCUCGUCGUGGUGACCCUAACUUCCGCUGCCUUUUUCUUCUCCCUGUGACUACGUAGUAAGAAUUUACCUACACAAAAAUGCAGUUCCUCACAAGCCUCCUAUUUGCCGCGACGGCAGUCCAAGCACACUAUACCUUCCCACGGCUCGUCGUCAACGGCAAGCCCGAAGAAGCCGACUGGUCCGUAACCCGGAUGACCAAGAACGCCAACUCCAAGCAAGGCAUCGAGAACGUAGCGAGCCCGGAUCUCCGCUGCUACUCCUCGCAGACCGCCGCCAAGGUCGCGGACGUCCCUGCGGGCGCUACCAUCCACUACGUCUCCACUCAGCAAGUCAACCACCCCGGACCCACCCAGUACUAUCUGGCCAAAGUACCCGAGGGACAGUCGGCGUCGACGUGGGAUGGGGCGGGGAACGUGUGGUUUAAGAUUCACUCGACGAUGCCGACGAUGGAUAGCAAUAAGCAGCUUACUUGGCCUGGGCAGAACGAGUACGUGCUAACCAACGCGACCAUCCCCGCCGCCACCCCCGACGGCGAGUACCUGCUGCGCGUCGAGCAGAUCGCCCUGCACAUGGCGAUGCAGCCGAACAUGGCGCAGCUGUACCUCGCGUGCUCGCAGAUCAAGAUCACGGGGGGCGGAAGCGGGACGCCGGGCCCGCUGGUGGCGCUCCCGGGAGCGUACAAGAGCACGGAUCCGGGACUGUUGGUGAAUCUGGGCGCGAUCCAGCCCGAUGCGUAUGUUGCGCCGGGGCCGGCGGUGUGGAGUGGGUGA